GGAACCGGAAGUGGGCCCGGAGCCCGGAGGAGGAAGCAGGCGUCUGACCCGUCAGCAGCCGGCGGUCUCGAGGGGCGGCGGCCGCGCUGCUCGCUGCUGGCCGGUCCGUCGGCCGGGCGGGCGGGCGACCCGGGGUCGCGGCGCCAUGAAGCUGUACAGCCUCAGCGUCCUCUUCAAAGGCGAGCCCAGGGUGCUGCUGCUCAAAGCCGCCUACGACGUGUCGUCCUUCAGCUUCUUCCAGAGGUCCAGUGUUCAGGAAUUCAUGACCUUCACGAGUCAACUGAUUGUGGAGCGCUCAGCGAAAGGCAGCAGAGCUUCUGUCAAAGAACAAGAAUAUCUGUGCCAUGUCUACGUACGAAAUGACAGUCUUGCAGGAGUGGUCAUUUCUGACAGUGAGUACCCGUCCCGAGUGGCUUUCACCUUGCUGGAGAAGGUACUGGACGAAUUCUCCAAGGAGGUCGACAGGACCGAGUGGCCCGUCGGCUCCCCUGCAUCCAUUCACUACACAGUCCUGGAUGACUACCUUAGCACCUACCAGAAUCCCCGAGAAGCUGACCCGAUGAGUAAAGUGCAGGCCGAGCUAGAUGAGACCAAGAUCAUUCUGCACAGCACCAUGGAGUCUCUGCUGGAGCGCGGUGAAAAGAUUGACGACCUGGUGUCCAAGUCCGAGGUCCUGGGCAUACACUCCAAGGCCUUCUACAAAACGCUGAACUUUGUGCCUGGACCUUGCAUGGUGUCGGUUUGGGGCUGUCUGCAGAAACCCAGGCCCCGAGUCUGGAUGGGCCUGGACACUGGACCCCAGCAGGGCGGCGUCUGCCACCUUAGGUCCCACACUGACCGUCACAGUGCCCUGCCCCAGAGCUGGCCCAGCUUGGGUGGCUCCAUUCGCACAUCCCUCUGUUCUCUGGUACCUCAUUCUGCCCCUCCCGGUUCAUUCGCCUGUCACCUUCAUGGAGGUGGCUUCAAGCUUCAGGCUUCUCCACCAGACGCCGCCCCCAGGGCAAACGAGGCCACUGUCUUGCCCCAGUGACCAGCGCCCCCACUGCCCAUCCAUCUUCCUUCCUCUCCAACUGCGAGCUGCCCCCACCUCCCAGGAGCACUCAGCCCACAGCCGUGCCGCAGCGCUGAGUGACACUUUCUCUGUGUUGUUUCCAGCGUGCGCUGGCUUUACAGUCACCCUCGACCGUGGUAACUGAACCUAAUGUUCCAUUUACAGGCGAAAUUCUGAGUGUUUAUAAAUGAAUUCUAAUUGAAAAUGGGAGUCAGUAUAAAGAGAAAGUGUUAAGUAAACCCAAGGGCAAUCUGUGGUCACAGCACAAAUCUCAAGCUUCAUGUUUGGGACACAGCUGCAGCCCCACCGGGACAGACGUCCCAGAGGCGAUGGGAGGUGGGUGACGCCACUCCCGACCUGCUGGCAGUCCUGCCUCCCAGAGGUGAAUAGGAGCCCCACUGCCCUCGGCUCUCUUGGGCCAAGUUGAUAGGCCGUGAGGCCCAGCCAUUGGCAAAGGUUCCUGGGGGACCCCAGUGACCCCAGUGACCCUUUGCUGGCCCCAAGCCCUGUUCCUUGGAAGGUGCAGGGGCGCCAGGAGCCCUCCAGCCACCCCAGGCAGACAGCCGGAUCAGGCUGCAUUGUGUGUAAUCCCCGAUUAUGGAGAACACACAGACAGCUGGCAGGCACAAUCGUGAGAAAGACGGAGGCCCAUGGCCUCCCCUGGGGGUACCCCUGUGGCCUGGCCCCCCAGUUGGAGAGGGCGGCGCUCUGGUCCUGGGACUCCCCUGCUCAGACCCAUUGAGUGCCCACUUUCAACCCCAGGCAGCCCCUCAGAAGUCCCUUCUCCAGGCUGAGUCCAUCCCCCUUCCUUCACCUGUGGACCCCUCAAUACUCAAGGAGCUGGGAUGCUGGAGAUUCGGGUUGGGGCACAUCCAGGAGCAAGGACCCCACUCCUGAGGGAGUCUGGUUGGGGCCGCCCCCUGCCA